UCCACGGGACGUAGGAAAAAUGGACUUAUCUAUAUUGCUAUAUUAUGCAUAAUGCAAAUAGUCAUGGUAUCCAAGGCAGCUACAUGGUGUCUUGUGACUGAUGGUUUUCUCAAUGUGUAGAUCAGGAAAAUGACCAAUCCUCUUCUGGUAGUGAUACUUCGAGCAUUGCUUGGACAAAGCCAGUGGACAGAUAUUUCAUUGACCUCAUGUUAGGACAGGUGUUUGAAGGGAAUAGAGUUGAAAAAAUCUUCAAUAAGCAAGCUUGGGUCUGCAUGAUCACAUCAUUCAAUGAGAAAUUUGGACUUCAGUUUGACAAAUGUGUACUGGAAAAUCGGUACCUAAGCUUGAUGAAACAGUAUGACGACAUCAGCACUCUUCUCAACAAGAAUGGCUUUGCAUGGGACGAAAAAGAACAAAAAGUCACAGCUGAUGAUGAUUAUUGGGAAGCUUAUAUUGAGGAACAUCCCGACGCUGUAGCAUACAAAGAUAUAAUAUUGGAGAAUUACUGUGAUUUGAGCAUUAUUUUUGGAGAUGAGAUCCAUGAUGGAACGUCAAGUUAUCUGUGCCCAGAAAUGAAUAUUGAUGAUAAUGCCCUGAAAAUGGGGAUGGAUGGCAUAUUUGGAGCUCUAAAGUCCCCAGCUAUUGAUAAUGAAGUGUCUAAUGGGAGAAAAAGACGCCAAUCCACCACACCGUUAAGUUCAACACGUGGGAGAAAAAUCAAGAAAACCAGGGAGGAGUUGCAAGAAGCAGGUAGAAGUAAUACAGUGGACAGGAACUAUAGCUCAAUAGAAAGCAUUGUUGAUGCACUUCAAGCCAUACCUGACAUGCAUGAUGAACUCUUCUUGGAUGCUUGUGAUCUUUUGGAAGAUGAGAAAAAAGCGAAGGCGUUUGUGAAGAUGGACAUCCUGCAUCGAAAGAAGUGGUUGUUGCAAAAUCUCCAUGCAUAAUUUAGGUAACUGUUUUUCGUUAUCGAAAGUGUAGAUAUGAUUAUGAUGUGUAUAUGAAGUGUAAGACAGAAUGUACAAGAGGAAACAGUUUUCAAUCAGCUUCCGAUUCCUUUCUAUCCUCUUCGAUAUCCACAGUUGCACUUGAUGUUCAUCUUGGUAGAAGAAGAAUGAGUUCACCUUCUUGUUGAUUCCCUACUUUUUCUUCGCGCGUGUAGUUUGUACAAGUGCACGUUUUUGUCAAUCGGCAAUGGGCUACACAACAAUAUGUGAUAACUCUCCCAAUCUGGAUGAAGGAACUAGAAUCCGGAAGAGGGAUCUGUCUCAAAUUCAUCUGAUCUUCUAUUUCAAAACAUUCAUAACCAUGAAAUUAUU